AUGACGUUUUGGUUUCGGGUGGGUAAAGUAGAGUUCUGUACGAUGGCGGCGAAGCAGCAAAAGAAUAUUUUAAAGGAGAAAUACGGAAGUGGCCCCCAUGGAUUAGGUGACCCCGAAGACACCUCGCUGCGACGAGUCGAAAUCGACGUCAUGAUCCCCAAGAAAAUGCGCGAGAUCGCACGCGACGAAAAGUGCAAAGACUACGUCGAGAAAUUCACUGAGUGUUGUAAAAACAGCAACGUUUUGAUGAUUUUUAAAUGUCGAGCGGAGAACGCGGCGCUCAAAGACUGUCUGACGCGGUGGUACGAAGACGAAGGUUUUAAAAAUAGGUGCAAGAACGAGUAUCUUAAAGAGAGGAGUGAAUACAGGAGAACUGGGGUGACUCAAAAACAGAAAGAACGUUUGGGAGUUUCUAUGUAAAUAUAUGUACAAAGUAGUUUUGCGUAAUUAAAAUUAAGUUUGUUUACUGGUUGUC